CCUUGCAGCGCAGAAGGGCUACAAAAGCUAGGGGAGAGGGCGUGCCGUCAGUCGAAGGUGAUUCCUGCUCCUGCUCUUCCACCUCUUCGCCUUCUCCGGAGAGCCAAUUCAGCCGAAGCGCCCUCUGAGUCCGAGACCGGAAGAGUCACGCCGCAAUUCUUCUUCUGCUUCCUCUGCUUCUUCUUCGUGGCUCCAGCGAUGGAAACUUCGACAGCCUGUCUGGUCUUCGCGACCCUGCUAGCUUCUGCCUGCGUCUGUCAGUCGCAGCCCGGUCUUCCAAAGGCUUGCAAGCCGUCUGACGAAUGCCUUGCUUACGGUGGCUAUUGCAUCAGCAACAGCCAGAAAGGAGACUGCAACGGCCUCCUGUUUGCGAAGGAAUGCAAAUCAGCUCUAUGUUCCUGCUGUAUAGAAGCUACACUGAAGCGAGAUGAAUGCCAAGAGAUGCCCGGUAUCUGCCCCAGCGCAACCUCAGUGUGUCAUGAUAAAGAUGUAGGCUACGAGUGCGUUUGCAAUGCAGGCUUCAAGACAGUAGUGUGUGGAGAUAUAGAUGAAUGUCAAAGCAAUCCGUGUGUAAUGCCAUACCCCUAUUGCGUCAACACACCCGGAAGUUACAGCUGCAUAGACGACUGAAAUUCCC